AUGGCUCUUUUCUUUAUUGGCUAUUUGAUAUCUGUAACAAGUACAAUUGCAUUUAUUGUUGCUAUUCUAACACCAAAAUGGAUUUAUCCAAAUAAUUUCCCAGUUGAUACAAAUAAUCCAACAUCACCAAGUGAAACAAAUUAUCGAGGAAUAUUUUAUGUUGAUGCAGGUUAUCCUAAUGGAACUUGUCGUGAUUGGAUUUUAAUGUAUAAAGAUUCGGUAGCUUCUUGUCGACCAACGUAUGCUAUCGCAUGUGCGUCUCUAGCAAUAAUUGCUUCAUCAUUAUCGGUAAUUCUUCUUUGGCUUGCUGGUGCAUAUUUAUAUAUUCGUCGUCAACGUCUUGCUCCAUUAUUUGUGACAAUAAUAACCUUGUUAACAUUUUUAAUUUUUUGGAUAAGUGUAGUUAUAUGGGUUGUAAUGAUUACAAUGAAUCGAGAUGUAAAUGCUAAAAUGCGUCGUGAAAAUAUUGGUUUUUCAACAUGGAUUGCAGUUGGUGCAAGUGGUGGUUAUUUAUUGGCUUUUAUAGCAUUUAUUCUUUAUCGUAUUGCACUUAAUCGUCGAAGACCUCUUAAAGACCCGAAUUUGAAUUCACGUCGAUUUUAA